CCUACAGCAUCGCCUACGGCUCUGGCGUCUUCCCCCAAACCACAAACAAGACCAGCUCCAAUCCUCGACUCCACCAGAAACCCUCCCUGGCAAUAACGCAGGCCCGAGAAGGCCACUCGCAAGAUGGUCGACUUCAUCUUGCGUAUCUCAGGCGUUCACACCUGGCACACCAUCAGCCUCCAACAACACCCUCAGCACUACCUAGUCCUCAUCCGCUCACUCGGCCCGCACGCCAUAUCCAAAUACCAGAAGAACUUCGACGCAGGAGUCUACUCCUACCCCUUCAUAACCAUCAACGGAACACUAAUCAAGCACGGUGUCGUGAGCCUAGAGACACUACGCCAGGACCUCGUAAGCUGAGACACACUUUAUCUUACGGGCCAGAUACAGAAACCCGUCAUAGUUUUGCAAGAUGAUACGGCCAUUCAGGAUACCGGACGUGCGAACCUUGUUUCCACGUUGAGGAUAGCAUUGUUAUUACUUCCUAGGAAGGUUCACGGAGUUAGGGGUUUAUACAGGGUUGUCAUAUAUAGAGACCCGCGGAUGGUGAUCGGGGGCGAUAAGCCUGGGAGGGUAAGGAGUAUUGUUGGGGUUCAGAUACGGGCGUUUCAGGGCUAUA